AUUUUCUGAAGCUAAGCUUCUAUAUAUAUUAUGGCCCCCCAACCAAAGGAAAACCCAAAAGAGCAUUCAUUCAUCAGGAAAGAAAUAUGGAAUGCUGCAGCAGCAGGCCAAAUCGGAGCGACGCCCAUCUGUCGGCGGAGCAGGAGGCAGAGAUUGAGCAACAGACCAGAGGGUACUUCGAUGGAGUAGCUCCCAAGCGCCACACCAAGCCCCAGCGGAGCGACCCUUCUUCUGCUCAAUACGUCGAUUCUGCUGCAGUCGACGGCGACCCCUCUAUCCCGGAGUACGUCGAGUUCCAACGCCUCGAGGAUGUCGACACUCAAAAACUGGGUGGCGGUGGAAGAAGCGAGGAGGGCAUGGGGGAGGAGUUUGUGGAAACAGACUACUAUCAGGAUCUCAACUGCGUCGACAAGCAGCAUCACACGACAGGAACAGGGUUCAUCAAGAUGGAAGGCAAAGUCAACAACUUCAGCUUGGCACCUGAUGGUGAUGAUCAGCACCAUGCCAGCAGCCACAGGGGCAACCCAGCCACCAAUGAGUGGAUCCCUGACACUGCCCAUGCUCCUGUUAUUUUUGAUUCAGAUAAACCCAGAAGAAGCGACAAUUGAUACCAAGUCCGCCGCUGUUGAUGCUCCACGUCUCAUUUGCGGCUCUGUUUCAGUGCACGACUCUUGAUCUUGGAUGUGUGUUAGUAGUUUUCAUGGGUGAUUCCUUUCCUUUUAUGAUGUGCAAUAAGGCUGCAGCUCCUACCAUAUUUGUGGGAAGGAUCGUGUCGAGUAGUACUACUGUUAAUCCCGUCUUCUUUGAGGUUGGACGCUAUCUAUUUACAAUUCGGAGGUAUCAAUGGUGGCACAACCAAUUCAAUCAAUUUGCAC